CAAAAUAGCCCAAGAUUUCUCUGUUUGGUUUGGAUUAGUGUUUUGUCAAACAACCACCAAACCAAACGGUUUCUCUGCUAGGGUUUUGCUGUCUUCUUCCGGACAUGGAUACGUCAAACCCUGCAGUUUUUGUCAAUGGAGGACUGCUGCACAUGUAUGUAGGACAGCGGGUUCGGACAGUGAUUCAGGUUAUACAAUCUGACAGUGGAGGUUUAACAGGAAAAUCCACAGAUGAUCACCAGCUAGUUGUAAAAGGUUCCCAACCAACAUUUCCUCUGACAACUUUUGUCGAGGUUAUUGGCAUUGCUGAUAGCGAUAGAUUUAUCAGAGCUGAAAUGUGGACCAACUUUGGGAACGCAUUGGAUACAUACAACUAUAAUCAGCUUUGUCAGCUUGCAAAUGGAGAAUACAAACACUUGUUCAUUUGAACUGAAGCACUUUCGGAAUACUUUCAUGA